AUGGAGCCGUCUGCAGAACUGUGUGUCGUGUUUCUGGCCGUGCUCCUGGCCAGCGUUAUUCUCCCCAUGUACAGCGUUGACGAGACCAACUUCCUGACUGCCAGAAGUGCGCUGAUUAAGUCAGAGAACUGUGCUCGAUUGGGCAGUAACGUAAAGCUGGACACGAAUGAGAAGAUGGUCAGUAGCUUUCUGCUGAUGGAAAAACAGAAAGUCAUAAAUGCCGCCCGCUUGAACAGAUCCAUCUACAUGCCUGCAGCCAGUUUUUUCCUGUCUAAGAGAUGGAUGCAGAACACUCCAGUUUUCAAGAUUAUUAGCAAAAUGCCAAAAGGUGCCGCCCUCCACAUCCACGAGCUGGCUUUGACCAGCCUCGACUGGCUGAUCUCCAACCUGACCUAUCGAGACAACGCGUACAUGUGUAAGGCCAAGCACGGCUACCUCAAGUUUGCUGUCUUCAGUACGCUUUCCAGGAAUCCCGAUUGCGCGUGGAAGUCAGUGAAACAAGAACGCACAGCUUCUGGUAAUGCUGCUUUAUUUAAUGAACGGCUCAAGAAGAACCUCAGUCUCCUGGCCACCGACCCACUGAAAACGUUCGAGACGCCUAGUGAUGCCCAGAGACGGCUGGAAAUUUACCAGGAUCAGGUGGAGAAUCUCAUCCGGAGGCCCACAGUUUUGACGGAUUACCUGACCCAAGCCAUCAAGGAAUUCCAAGCAGACAAUGUUCUGUAUAUGGAAGUCAGGGCGCGUCUCACAGGCAUGAUCGAUGAGCACGGCGAACCAGUUUCUCCAGAGGGAGUGUUGGAGAUGUAUGAAAAUGUGGGAUACGAAAUCGUCAACAAGUUUAGAAACUUCAGUGGUUUAAGGAUUAUCCACACAAGUCCCAGGUACAGCACGCCUGCUGAGGUUCUGAGGGAAGUCCAGCUAGCCAUGAAACUGCGAGGCGAUUACUCGGACAUCCUUGUGGGGUUCGACCUGGACGGCUUUGAGAAUCCAGGACAGUCUCUAAGCUACUACCUUGAUGCUUUGCUUUUCCCAACUCGGUCGAAGCAAGACCUUUCCCUACCUUACUUCUUUCAUGCUUCUGAGAACUUGUGGUUUGGAACAGACGCUGACGAGAACAUCGUUGAUGCUGUGAUGUUGAAUGUUAGCCGCAUAGGCCAUGCUUACUCCUUGCCAAAAUACGCGAAGACUAUGGACAUUAUCAAGGACAAAAUGAUAGGCAUUGAGGUCAACCCUAUCUCCAAUCAGGUUAUGGGCCUAGUCCAGGACUUGAGAAACCACGCAAUCAUCCCAGUGCUGACCGUGGACACCCCGAUUUUGAUCAGUUCUGACUACCCCGCCGCCUGGGAAGCCUUGCCGCUCUCACACGACCUCUACGUGUCCUUCAUGGCGCUGAGCUCAAAGAAUUCCGGAUUGCGUUAUCUUAAAGAGAUGAUCACUCAUUCGAUUGA